AUGGAAAUAAAAAUUCUGAGACCACAAGAGCCAAAAGCCAAAGUCAUGCUAUGGGCAGACAUAAGCUACCAUGACAUGGAGAGGCUGAAUAAAAUACAAUCUAUUCCAGAAUUACAAACUGCUUUGAGUGAACUACUCGACAUAGAUCUCCCGGAUCCAAAGCGAGGAAUUCUGCUGGACCUUUAUGUCCAAACGAUAUUUUAUUGCAGAGAAAAGCAUUUUAAACCUGCACAAGCGUCCACCCUUAUAUCCAUUGUUAAAUCUAUUCACAAGGUUAACGUUGGAACCAUCAUUAAUAACAUAGCAUAUUGUCAUACAUAUUGCAAAGAGCUCUUGCUUUGUCAUUCAGUUCGGCAACCACCAUUUAGCAUCAACCUUUAUAACUCAGAGGAGGUGACUUCUAUCUAUAAAUACAUCCAUAACAGUUAUAUGAGACACUACAGACUCUAUAAGUCUGUUUUUACUCCACAGGUAAAACUUGAUUUGUCUCUGAUAUAUACAGACAGCACUGAUCAGAAUGUUGGUGCCAUUUCAGAAGAUGUGUGCCUUUCCCCAACAAAAUCAGAGGACAGCUAA